CAACCGGGCAAACCACUGUGCAUGCAAGUAGAUGCCCCCCACCCUGCUCCUCUUCCCCCCUGCUCCUAGGGGAGGGCUUCUAGCAAACAGAGCUGCUGCUCAGACUGGUCUGUCUUCACCCCCAGCAAGAAGGGAGGCAUGAUGAAACCCAAGCUUUGGUUGGUGACCAGCACCCUGGCAGCAGUGUUGAGCAUGGCCCUUCUGCAGGACGUGUGUCGGGCACCAGAUGGCAAGGACGGCUUCCCAGGAAUCCCUGGUCUCAAUGGGAGGCCAGGGCAGAAGGGUGACAUGGGAGAGCCAGGGAAAUCAACAGAGAGGACAGGCAUCCGGGGACUCAAAGGGGAUGCAGGUGAACCAGGGCUUCCUGGCAUCCCAGGGAACCGGGGCUACCCCGGCCAGCCUGGACCCCCCGGGCCUGCAGGGCAGCCUGGGCUGAAGGGGAACAAGGGGAAAGUUGGCAACAUCCUGGAGCAGCCACGUCCUGCCUUCUCCGCCUCACGGAAGUCCCCACCAUCUACGGGCAGGACAGUGGUGUUUGACAACAUCAUCACCAACCAGGAGAACUCCUACAGUCCCGAGACUGGGGUGUUCACCUGCCGCGUCCCCGGGCUCUACUACUUUGCCUACCAGGUGAUCUCCAACGGAGACCUCUGCCUGAGCAUCACCAAGAACCAGGAGCACGUGGUCAGCUUCUGCGAUUACAACAGCCGUGAAAUCCUGCAGGUGAACUCGGGCAGCAGUGUGCUCAGCCUGGUUGUGGGCGACCAGGUCUCCAUCAGCACUGACCGUGCCAGGGGCAGCAUGAUUUACAGCGGCUCUGAGGCAGACAGCGUCUUCAGCGGCUUCAUGCUCUUCCCGCAGAUGGGCUGAUGGACCACAGUCCGGACCUGCUUAGCACCAGAGCCUUGCAGAGGGUGUGUCUGCAUGUGUUUUCUCCCUGUGAGUGUGUGGUUUAGUACCACAGCAAAAGGGGAUGGCCCCAGAUUGAGCCACCAGAUGGGUCCUGUGCUUCCACCGGUGUCACAAAGGGGCCAGGCUGUGGGUCACCACUGCAGCAGUGAGACUUCUGCUAGCAGUUACCUCCAUGCUGAGCCUGCUCGCUCCAUCCUGGAGGCAGAGGACUCCUGGCCCCAGCAGUCCUUUCUGCUCCUGGGUGCUCAGACCCCACACCGGAGGGGCCCACUUGUCACUGGAGCCAUUCACUAGCUGUGGCUCUUUGCUCCUGAGUGGGCAUCACUGCAUGCCACUGCUUCUGCUACAUUAACUACUGCAAAUACCUUUCUGGUGCUGGGCCCCUACUGCCUCUCACAUCCUCCCCAUCAGUAUAAAUAAACCCCGUUUCCACGACA